AUGACACUAGGCCUAUGGAUGGAGGGCAGAGGUGAGGCUGGCCCGCCCCCAUCCACAAGAAUUGAGAAGGGAGAGACCUGUGUGCGAGUCACCUUCUGCCCAACACUGAAGGACCAGGCUGCCUUCUCCAGCUCAGGCAUCAUGGCCGACUUUGUGGUCCAGUAUGAUGUUGUCAUGGAGGACAUCAUUGGCGACGUGCAGGUUUACGACGGCUAUUUUAUUCACUACUUUGCCCCCAGAGGCCUUCCGCCGGUUGAGAAAAAUGUGGUGUUCGUUAUUGAUGUGAGCGGCUCCAUGUUUGGUACCAAGAUGAAGCAGACUAAAAAGGCCAUGAAUGUGAUUCUUGGUGACCUGCGGGCCAACGACUACUUCAACAUCAUCUCCUUUUCUGACACGGUUAGUGUCUGGAAAGCUGGAGGCUCCAUCCAGGCCACCAUCCAGAAUGUACACAGUGCCAAGGACUACCUGGGCCACAUGGAAGCUGAUGGUUGGACCGACAUCAACACAGCUCUGCUGGCAGCUGCUUCAGUGCUGAACCAUAGCAACCAGGAGCCUGGGAGGGGCUCCAGUGUGGGGAGGAUCCCUCUCAUCAUCUUCCUGACAGACGGGGAGCCCACCGCUGGCGUGACGACUCCCAGUGUGAUCCUCUCCAAUGUCCGUCAGGCACUGGACAACAGAGUGGCCCUUUUCAGCUUGGCCUUUGGGGAUGAUGCUGACUUCCCACUGCUACGUCGCCUGUCCCUGGAGAAUCGAGGAGCAGCCCGACGCAUAUACGAAGACACUGAUGCAGCCCUACAGCUGCAGGGCCUCUAUGAGGAGAUCUCCAUGCCUCUGCUGGCAGAUGUGCGUCUGGACUACCUGGGCGGCUUGGUUGGGGCCUCCCCUUGGGCUCUUUUCCCCAACUACUUUGGUGGCUCAGAGCUGGUGGUGGCAGGCCUGGUGCAGCCAGGUGAGCAGGAACUGGGCAUCCACCUGGCAGCCCGUGGCCCCAAAGGUCAGCUUCUCGUGGCCCGCCACAGUGAGGUGGCCACCAACAGCAGCCAGAAGGCCUUUGGUUGCCCAGGUGAACCAGCCCCCAAUGUAGCCCAUUUCAUCCGCCGCCUCUGGGCCUAUGUCACCAUUGGAGAACUGCUGGAGGCACGCUUCCGAGCCCGUGACACCACCACUCGCCACUUGUUGGCUGCCAAAGUCCUCAACCUGUCCCUUGAAUACAACUUUGUCACACCUCUGACUUCACUGGUCAUGGUGCAGCCCAAGGAGGCCAGUGAGAAGGCCAGAAGACAGACUUCCACCACAACUGGGCCAGGAACCAUCAUGCCCUCUUCCACCAGCAGGCAUGGCCUAGGGGCAGGCACAGCCCGGCCAACCUUGGUGCCCAAGAUCUCUCCCAAAUCAAGGCUUGUGAACUCAAAAUUUUACUUAUCCUCAACUACUGCCUCUACAAAGAAGAUGGGCAGUUCCAGGGAUUUGGAGCCCCUGGGUCAGAGCCUUAGUUCCGUAUCCACCCCAGCACACCCAAGGCCCAAAAUUCCAGCACAACACAAUUCUGGCACCUUGGCUCAGCCAACUCUCAGGACAAAACCUGCUGCCCUUGUGCCCUCAAAUUCUGGUGCCUUUGUGCUUAUGAAGCCCAGCAUUCCACCUCACCAGAAUCCUGGGACCCUAUUACCCAUAAUUUCUGAGACACAAGUUCCACCUAUGAAUCCUGGAACCCCAUUCCAGUCCAAAGUUGGCACUAUGAAACAUGUCACUUCAUUGCAUUCCAAACCCGGUGCUCCAUCACAACCUAAACUGGAUGCCACUUCACACCCCCAGCCUAAGGUACUCACAUCACAGUCACCCAAAAAUCUGCCACGGCCCAGGCCUGGUGUCUCCACACUUCAGAUCCCCAAAUACCCACCACACACCAGACCAAAGGUUCCUGUUCCCAAGACCCUAAGCAACCUGUCAUACCCUAGGCCUGGGAUCCUCUUACCCAAGACACCUAAAGUCCCAUCACCUCUUAAACCUAGUGUCCCACCUCAUCAAACUUCCCCAAGCUUAUUGCUUUCUAAACCUAGGACACCAAUCCCCAAUAAACCCAAAACCCCAUUACCCUCCAGACCUGUCAGACCCAGGCCCCCACCUCCUCGGAGCCUAAGCACAGUCCCAAGUACAAUCUCAAAUCCCACAAGCCCCAGCAGUAACACAACAACCCCUGUCCUUGGAGAACCCAUCCCUACUCCCUUUCACCCCACACUGCCCUCUCUGCUGCCCCCUGGAAGGCUCUUGCAUCAGCAUGACCUGCUGUCAGGGCCCCAAAGCACAGGGGAAAUUCUGGGACCAUCUGUGUCAGGAGUACCAACAAUGGGUCUACCCAACAGCUCCAAGCCUAUGCCAGAAGGCAGCCCCCCAAACCUGCCAGUCUUGCUGCCUUCUAGCACCCUCCCUGAGGCAGUCAGCCUGCUCAUUCUCCCUGAGGAACUGGAGCUACUGUCUGAGUCAAUGGUGGAGUCCAAGUUUGUGGAGUCCUUGAACCCACCGGCUUUCUAUACCUUCCUCACUCCUGACAAAAAUGGCAUGUUACCAAGCAUCUUCACCUUCUCAUCCUCAGUGGAUGGUGACCCCCACUUUGUGGUCCACAUCCCACGCUCUGAAGAGAGAAUAUGCUUCACACUGGAUGGGCGCUAG